AUGACCACCGCCCAUAGACCUACCUUUGAUCCUGCCCGUGGCAAAGAGGCCCUGCGCGGCCCAGCCUACCACCAACGCCUCCUCCCAGCCCACACCCAGCUCAAGUACCGAAAAGCCGGCCAGGGCGGCGACGCCGACGACGAGCCUGCGCGCGACCUCGCCGCGGAGCUUCUCGCCGCCGAGGCAGCCCACUUCAAGAAGAAGAGGCACAACAGCGGCGUCUUGGCCCCCGAGGACGACGAGGAUGACGAUGACGACGCGGAGGUGACGGCCGUUCGUCGAGGGGAGAAGAGGUCGCAGUCUGCGAACAAUGGCGAGGAGGAGGGAGAAGAAGAUCAGGAGGCGAAACGGAGGAGGAUACUGGAGGAGAGUAGGGAUAUCGAUGCGGAUGAUGAUAGUGAGGAGGAGGAAGAUAGUGAUGAGGACGAUGAUAGCGAGGAUGAUGAGGAUGCGGAGCUGCAGCGAGAAUUGGAAAGAGUGCGGAGAGAGCGUGAAGAGAAGAAGAAGAAAGAGGAAGAAGAGCGAGCGAGAGAAGAGCAGGAAGCCCGAGAACGAGACAUUGCACUCGGUAACCCCCUCCUGAACAAGCAGGAUUUCACAAUGAAGCGCCGAUGGGACGAUGACGUUGUGUUCAAGAACCAGGCCAGGGGGACGGAGGACAAGAAUAAGAAGAAGGAGUUUGUGAAUGACAUGUUACGGUCUGAUUUCCAUAGACGGUUCAUGAGCAAGUAUGUUCGAUAA